CUGAUAAUAACAAUAAGUCAAUUCUAUAAGGCACUCUAUUACGGUAGCAAUAAAUAAUAGCCCUGUGUCUGCAUUAUCUCCUCCAAUCUUCCCAACAGCCGCUAAGACGUCUUAUUAUCAUCACUUUUAUAAGGAAACUGAAGCUCCGAGGUGUAAAGUACUUUGGUUACGACGCAGGAAAGUUCAGACUUGACCCCAGAACUCCAGAUUCAGGCGGAGCAGUGGCCGAGACCCCGGAGAGCCGCGGAGCUGCCUUCCCAGCCAAGGGACGACCGCAGGGGCAGGUCGGGAGCGCAGGUGGCUGCACCCCCACGAGGGGGCGGGCUCAGCCGGCAGGUUGCACCCCGAACCUUCGGCAGCCAACACGCCACUCCACGUACCAGAGAGCCCGCGAAGGCGCUGACAGCUGGCUUGCACCGCCGUUCCCCCAGCCUCUCCGUGCGCCCCCGCGCAGCCCGCCCGUCGUCCGCCAGGAGCCUGCCCCGCCGCCGCGCUGCACGACCGGAGUGCGCCCUCUUCCCUCGCGGGGACAGGGGGCCCCGCCACCGUCAUGCUGCCCGCCAUCUACACGGUGCUGGCGGGGUUGCUGCUCCUGCCGCUGGUGGUGAAUUUCUGCUGCCCCUACUUCUUCCAGGACACGGGCUACUUCUUACUGUUGGCAAGCUUGGCCCGGCGGAUGCGUAGCUACCGGCAACAGCGGCCGGUGCGCACCAUCCUGCAUGCCUUUCUGGAGAAAGUGCGCCAGACCCCACACAAGCCUUUCCUGCUCUUCCGCGACGAGACUCUCACCUACGCGCAGGUGGACCGACGCAGCAACCAGGUGGCGCGGACGCUGCACGACCGCCUCGGCCUGCGCCAAGGAGACUGCGUGGCGAUCUUCAUGGGCAAUGAACCCGCCUACGUGUGGCUGUGGCUGGGCCUGAUCAAGCUGGGCUGUGCCAUGGCGUGCCUCAACUGCAACAUCCGCGCGAAGUCCCUGUUGCACUGCUUCCAGUGCUGCGGGGCGAAGGUGCUACUGGCCUCGCCAGAACUACAAGCAGCUGUUGAAGAAGUGUUGCCAAGCCUGAAAAAAGAUGAUGUGUCCAUCUAUUAUGUGAGCAGAACUUCCAACACAGGUGGGGUUGACUCUUUCCUAGACAAAGUGGAUGAAACAUCAACUGAACCUAUCCCAGAGUCAUGGAGGUCUGAAGUCACUUUUUCCACUCCUGCCUUAUACAUUUAUACUUCUGGAACCACAGGUGCUACUCUUGUUUUGCGGAAAAAAUUUUCAGCCAGCCAGUUUUGGGAUGACUGCAGAAAAUACAACAUCACUGUCAUUCAGUAUAUCGGUGAACUGCUUCGGUAUUUAUGCAACUUACCCCAGAAACCAAAUGAUCGUGAUCACAAAGUGAGAAUCGCCUUGGGAAAUGGCUUGCGAGGAGAUGUGUGGCGAGAAUUCAUCAAGAGAUUCGGGGACAUUCACAUUUAUGAGUUCUAUGCUUCCACUGAAGGCAAUAUCGGCUUUACAAAUUAUACGAGAAAAAUUGGUGCUGUUGGAAGAGUAAACUACCUACAGAGAAAAAUCAUAAGCUAUGAGCUGAUUAAAUAUGAUGUGGAGAAAGAUGAACCUGUCCGAAAUGAAAAUGGAUAUUGCAUUAAAGUUCCCAAAGGUGAAGUCGGACUCCUGGUUUGCAAAAUCACACAGCUUACACCAUUUAGUGGCUAUGCUGGAGGAAAGACUCAGACAGAGAAGAAAAAAUUAAGAGAUGUCUUUAAGAAAGGAGACCUCUAUUUCAACACUGGCGAUCUCUUAAUGAUUGACCAUGAAGAUUUCAUCUACUUCCACGAUAGAGUUGGAGAUACAUUCCGGUGGAAAGGGGAAAAUGUGGCCACCACUGAAGUCGCUGACGUAGUAGGACUGGUUGAUUUUGUCCAAGAAGUGAAUGUUUAUGGAGUGCAUGUACCAGGUCACGAGGGUCGAAUUGGCAUGGCCUCGAUCAAAAUGAAGGAUGACCGUGAAUUUGAUGGAAAGAAACUUUUUAAACAUGUUGCAGAUUACUUGCCCAGUUACGCAAGACCCCGGUUUCUAAGAAUACAGGACACCAUUGAGAUCACUGGAACUUUUAAACACCGCAAAGUGACUCUUGUGGAGGAAGGCUUUAACCCUUUGGUCAUCAAAGAUGCCUUGUAUUUCUUGGAUGACAAAGCGGAAAUGUACGUGCGGAUGACUGAGGACAUUUACAAUGCCAUAAAUAGUGAAACUAUGAAACUCUGAAUGUUUCCAGGAUGAUAACUCAUAAUAUUCCCAGAGAGAAACUGAAAGGGCCUAGUACAGCCACGUAAUAUAAUCCAACUUUAAUUCGAAUGAAGAUUGUGAGGUGCCUGUUUUAUGCAUUCCAAUAAGGGAAGACUUUUCGAAAUUACACCUGAACCUUUGUAAGUGAAAAGAUUUAGAGAUAAUUAUUUUUCAGUUUGCACCUACUGUUUGUGUUUGUAAACUAACCUUGUUACAGCAAAGGCGUUAUUUUUUUAAUACAUAAUAAAAUAGAUGAACGCCAAUAUAUGA